CAUUAUUUAACAGAGAGAAGGACGCGGCACAGUAACGGGGACGGACUUAUUUUAUUCCCCCACAUCCUCCCCUUCAGUAUUUUAGGGAGCCUGACAGCUUUUGGAAUGACGUCUCGCAGGUGGUUCCACCCCAACAUCACUGGGAUCGAGGCAGAGCAGCUGCUCCUAACGCGGGGUGUCCACGGGAACUUUCUGGCCCGGCCAAGUAAGAGCAACCCAGGAGACUUCACGCUUUCCGUCAGGAGGAACAAUGAGGUCACCCACAUCAAGAUCCAGAACACGGGGGACUACUAUGACCUGUACGGAGGGGAGAAGUUUGCCACGCUGGCCGAGCUGGUGCAGUACUACACCGAGCAGCACGACCUCCUGCGGGAGAAGAACGGUGACGUCAUCGAGCUCAAAUACCCCCUCAACUGCAAGGACCCCACGUCUGAGAGGUGGUACCACGGUCACCUUUCCGGGCGGGAUGCGGAGAAGCUGCUGAUGGACAAGGGGAAGUCUGGGAGCUUCCUGGUGCGGGAAAGCCAGAGCAAGCCGGGAGACUUCGUCCUCUCCGUCCUCACCAACGAGGAGAAGCAGGAGAACGUGGAGCGCAGGACCAAGGUCACCCACGUCAUGAUCCGCUUUCAGGAUGGGAAAUACGACGUGGGCGGGGGGGAGAGGUUUGACACUCUGGCAGACCUGGUGGAGCACUAUAAGAAGAACCCCAUGGUGGAGAAGAGCGGGAUUGUGGUGCAUCUGAAACAGCCCUUCAAUGCCACCAGGAUAAACGCAGCCAGCAUCGAGAACCGAGUACGGGAGCUGAACAAGGUGGCCGACAACUCCGAGAAGCCCAAGCAAGGGUUCUGGGAGGAGUUUGAGAUGCUGCAGCAGCAGGAAUGUAAGCUGCUCUACCCCAGGAAAGAGGGACAGAAGGCAGAAAACAAGAGCAAGAACAGAUAUAAGAACAUCCUGCCCUUCGACACCACUCGCGUGGAGCUGAGCGAGGCAGACUCGGAGGUGCCAGGCUCCGACUACAUCAACGCCAACUACAUCAGGAGCAAGCAGGAGGAGGGCUGUCCCGGGGACGAGUGCAAGGUCUUCAUCGCCACUCAGGGCUGCCUGCAGAACACUGUCAACGAUUUCUGGAAGAUGGUGUACCAGGAGAACACGCACGUCAUCGUCAUGACUACCAAGGAGAUGGAGCGGGGUCGGAACAAGUGUGUGCGGUACUGGCCCGAUGUGGAUGGCACAAAGGAGUUCGGGGCUCUGUGUGUGAGGAGCAUAGUGGAGCGGCCGGCACAGGACUACAUUCUGAGAGAGCUGGAAAUCUCCUGCUUAGACAGGGAGGAGCCCCCCAGGGCCAUCUGGCACUACCAGUACCUGAGCUGGCCGGACCAUGGGGUCCCGAACGAGCCCGGGGGUGUGCUGAGCUUCCUGGAGCAGGUGAACCAAGCUCAGGACGCCAUUUGUGACACCGGCCCCAUCGUGGUCCACUGCAGUGCAGGCAUUGGGAGGACUGGCACUAUCAUUGUGAUUGACAUCCUCAUUGACAUCAUCAGCAGGCAAGGGCUGGACUGUGACAUCGACAUCCCGAAGACCAUCCAGAUGGUGCGCCGGCAGCGCUCCGGCAUGGUGCAGACGGAGGCCCAGUACAAGUUCAUCUACAUGGCCGUCCAGCAGUACAUCGACACCAGGCAGAAGAGGCUGGAGGCGGAGCAGAGAAAUAAAAUGAAAGAGCGAGAGUAUUCUAACAUCAAGUACCCUCCGUCUAACGCCAAGGCGAAGGCCAACAUGACCAGCUCACGGUCCUCUCCUGUGGUGAAUGACGAUCCCAGCGCCGUCUAUGAGAACCUGAAUAUCAAAAACCCAAAGCCUGCUGGGAGCAGUAACACCAGGAGAUGAGGCUUAUGGGUCGGGGCCACUGCCAGUCGUGGAGGCAGUUUCACAGCAUGGAGAUGGCAUCUUGCCGUACUGGAGGAUCUUGUGGACCUAUUAGACCCCAGUGAAGCGCAGCAAGAGCUGAGGACAGUAGGGUCCCUAGCAGCCAAUCACAGAAAGGAAUGAUUUGACCCAGCAACACAGCAUGGUGACCACCACCUCCCUCUCUUCACAGGGCGCCUCUCUCCUAUCUGUCCAUCCAUCUCAUUGGCUCACGUUCGCAAAUUAAGUGCCUAUACCGCAGAACAGAUUGUUAACCCCGCCCCCAACUGACCCCACUUGACCCCAAACAAACACACAAAAAAACAAAACAAAAAAACACACACAACAAAAAGCUAAGCAGUGUAAAGCAUAAGCUGUCGGUGUUUUACUGAUCUUUACAAAUAGCCAAACUACUGGUUUACUCUCUUUUCUGUUGUAUUUCUAUUGAAUGCUUUGUAAAUUUUAAAAAUAGCAAAAUAUAUAUAUAAUUACAUAAGUACAUUAUAAAUAUAUUACAUAUAUGUGUAUAUUUGAUGUGUGUGUCUGUAUGUUUGUGUGUGUGUGUGUGUGUGUGUAUGCGCGUGUGUAUUUAUAGUGAUAUAGUGUAUCUAUGGGAAGCAAAGGAUGAAGCAUGGCUCCUUCUGUGUGAGUCGGCUCUGCCUAAUCGACACAUCUACUGUAACCAAAGACCUCGGGCUUGAUAACCUCCAAAACCUGCUUAGAAUGUUUGGGGCAGAAGCACAGCAAUUUGCACUUUUUUUGCAAAAAAAAGAAAGAAAAAAAAAAAGAAAAUGAAAAAGUUAUGUGGUAAUUAAUAUGCCCGAUAAUCCUCAUGUGCCAGUCCUGUAUGUUUGCUAUGUGUAUGCGUGUGUCUGCAUGUGUGUGUGUGUGUGUGUGUGUGUGUGUGCGUGUAUGUGCGUGCAUCCGUGCGUGUGCGUGUGUGUGUGUUUUGCAGCGUUGUGGCAGUGCCUAUUUUAGCAGAACCCAUGCUGUGCUUCUAGGAAGUUCCUCUUGGAGGUGCUUGAACACCCCCCUGCUCUCAGUGUCCCUCAGAAUAUCCCUGUUGCCAUGCGCAUGUGCCAGCUCUGCUCCCAACAUGCAGCACAAACAAAAUGGCUGACACUUUAAACUGCAAAGAGGGGUUCCCAGAGGCAGCAGCUGGGCAGCAAUGGUUGAAUUACAUUUUCAGAAGUUUGAGUCUUGGAGAUAAGAGACACAUUUAUAUUUUCUCUCUAAUAUCCCGAUAGAAUUAAGUGAGGAACUAUCCUUUUCUUUUCCAACAGUAUGCUCCUUCAGCCAGUACAGCACAGCUUAGAGAGCAUCUGGCCAAGGAAAGCUGUCCCUGACCAGCUGCCUUACUGCAGCUCUCAUACUGCAUGGGUCCAGAUCUAGGCCCAUGUUUAAGCAGCAUCUCAAUAGUUUUUGUUAAAGCAUUCUUUUCCUUCACUACCCUUGUUUAAAUGGAUGUUUUCCUCUUAAUGGUAUGUGUGAACACUGUACAACUGCAUGUAUAUUAAUCUCUGCACCCCCAAAGGAUAAGUAGUCAGCUGAAAAGGUGAUCUGGAGAGCUGUUUUUUCUGCCCUCAUUGAGUAAUGGUUCAGGCUGACUCACUCUGACUCACGCUGACUCAAACACCCUUUGGUGGCACAUCUGUUGCGUGGUCUCUGUAUCCUAGCGAGAAGCCAUUACAUUACAUGUACAUUACAUUUUAGUCAUUUAGCAGACACUCUUAUCCAGAGCGACGUACAAUAACGUACAAAUCAGAACCAGGGACAAGUGCGUUGAAGACCCUAGAGGAAAGUACAGUUCCAAGUCCUAGAGUGAUCACAUUGAUAAAACUUGAACUUGAAUACCAUGGUUAGCAGCUAGAAUACCCCGAAUACUAAAAUAAUGAUACAUAAUUUGAGUCCAUUCAUAUGGGCAGAUGGCCCAAGAUGGCCCAAGAUCAAAGAGCAGAUUUGUAUUUUUACUUGGUCAUUUAUAGGAAGGCUUUUUAUCCAAGAGUGGUGUGCAAGUUGCUAAGCAAGUACCGCCAAUGGUAUCAGAGAAAAGGAGGAGGCUAUGCUCGUAAGGCUCUGUGAGAUUUCGGGUUUCGCACUUACACUUCGAUCGGCUCAGGUUAAAUCAGUUAAGUGAUUGUGAUUAGAAUACAUUGUCAUGGCUGCAAGCGCUGACAAUCUACCGUCCCAGAUUAUUAUAUUUUAUGGAAUGUGGAAUGGGGGGAGAAUAUUUUCAGCUCAGUUUCAGUACGUUUGAGGGCACUUCUGCUACAGGGAAUGAUCAUUUCCAUUCACAAGGCCUGCCGGUCAUCUGAGGUGUGCCCAACCCCAGUGAAUAGUGUUUUGGAAUACUGAUCAAGUGACUUAUAUAUACACUGUUAUUUGCAUUGGAGGUCAUUUCAUAAGGUCUGAAUUUGUUUUUCCACUGAAAAGUAACCCAUAAAUGUUAAAGGACUCUGAACUUCCAUAAAAUGAUAGCAGUCAUGUGAUUUUCAGAGGAUUUUUCCCUUUGUGUUAAGUUGUGUUAUGAAAACGUGGACUGUCUGACCGGGACACUGCUCUUUUAUGGUUUCCUUUCAUUUUAAACACCUUGAUCCUGCCCACAAAAACGGAUUGCAAUUUUGCAAUCAGUCUUUAAAAAGUAUUGUUUUAUUGUUUCAUAGGGUGGCUGUGUGCACUGCAUUUGUACGGUAUGCUAGUGGUGCGGUCUAUUUACCAUAAAAGGCUGGUUAAGGUUUUUUGUUUGUUUUGUGAAAUGUAUGUGUCAGUAUUCAUUACUGUGGAUAACUUUGAAUGUUGAAGGAACCUUCUUACUGCCAUAUGACUUUUAAAAGGAUAAUUACAGUGAUAAGAGUUUAAUAUUUAAUUUAAGUAACCUGGUUUGAAAAAUGGUGUCUAUCUGGGAAACUGAAGGUCCCCUUUGUUUGUCCAGAGCCAUUCCAGUGUUAGCUGCAAGCUAGCCUUCUCUUGGUCAAUCCUAAAACCCUGACCAAAGGCCAAAACCAGGCCUGAGCCGUGCUGUGGAGGGAGUCUGCCUUCAUGCCCCUACCACCCAAGGCUGGCUUGUGGUGAUGGCUGUGAUGAUCUUUAGCAUGUGGGUUUCUGCCCCUGUGUCUGUGUGUGCGUGUGCAUGCACGUUUGUCUGUGUUUGCGUGUAUGUGUCUGUGUGUGCUUCUGUGUCUGUGUGUGCGUGUGCGUGUGCAGGUGUGUGUGUACUUGUGUGUCUGCAUGUGUGUGUAUGUUUGUGUGUGCGGUGGGGCGGUACAAGGCUCAUAGUGGUUCUAUUACCCCCACAGGUGCAGAAAGCACCCCCCAUAGCUGGGUUGAGCUGAGUAGGUCUGGCGGUAUUGCUUGUGGUAUUGUUCUGCUGGUGGUUAUUACUCAAUGGAUUUGUGAAUAGCUAUCAUGACCCACUCGGGGUGUGUAGCCAUUUCAUGGGUACCUGGGAGUUUGAGGACUGUUGCCUGUUAAUUAGCCUGGAUGGGGCAAUUGAGGUCUUCAGAGUUCUCUUGGUCUGUGCUGAUUUUUUUUAUCAGCCUGUUUUUUAAAUUGGAAUUUUAUAUGAAAUGUGACUUCUGUGAUUACCACUGCUUUUUAUGAAUUGGCAAAAAUAAAAAACCUACAAAAUAUUUUUCCAUUUACAAUUAUUCAAGAUCGUUAAUUUUUUGUGUGUAUUGCAAUGA